AUGGCUGACAACCAGAACACCACAACCACGCCCUCCGCCGACCCCAACAACAACUCAACCGCCCUGAGAGCGGCCGUAAAACAGCAGAUCCAAGACAUUCUCGCCACAAGAGAACGGGAUCCAACGUCCAUCAGCCCCGAGACAGAAAGGCGAGCCAGGUUUCUCCUGUACAUAUGGGACUUCGCCCCUUACACCCGCGAGUCCGAAGGGCUGAUGGACCUGUCCAUGGAAAUGGAAAGGCGCGUCAUGGUCGAUGCCAAGUACGGCGGCGAGGAAGAGCCCGCGCGCCUCCGCGGCUUCAACGCUGAGCUUUUCCGGGUCGAGAAUGGGGACUGGUUGGCUUCGGCACUUGAUGACGGGGUCCAACAACAACAACAACAACAACAGUCCGUCUCUCAACAAGAACAACAACAACAGCAGCAGCAGCAGCAGCCUGUUACAAAGGCACAAAAUGCUACUGCUACGCCUUCCAUGCCCGCCGCCGCCGCCACGCCUGCUCCUCCUGCCAAACUCUCAGAAUCGGCAAAGCUGUUUGAGGUUUUUGAUUUUGAGGCCAAGAGCUGCGAGACGUGUAGGCUGCAAGAGCUGGAGAAACGCGCGUUGUCCAAGGAAAAUCCUGAACUACGCAGCCUGCUUGACUUGGAGUACGUUGGUACAAUUAGGGUUGUAAAGAGGACUGUCAAGAGAAAACGAGAGGACAAGAGCGAGAAAAGCAGCAAGAGGAGGAAGACGAAGGAGUAG